AGAACCGAAGAGACAGAACGACGACAAAACAGUGAAAGAGGAAGCGUCGAACCAGUAGAGGAAACAGGACCUCCAUCCAAGUCAAAGGAGCAAAAGUAAAAUAGUGUUCUAAAUUGUGAAGGAAAAAUUUUAGAGUUAAGAUCUGGCAUUGGCUUCUCGUUCGGCGUUGGCAUUUAACACAGGAAAAAAUAACCGAUUCCCAUUUUUGGAUAUUUUAGGGAAUUUAAUGAAUACCCACAAAAAUCCCAAAUUUGGAGGAGCGAGACAAGUCCCAAUCAGGGAACUUGGUUGGGAAUUCCCCGGUUGGGACUCGUCUCACUUUGCCAAAUUUGGGAUUUUUAUGGGUAUUCUUUAAAUACCCUAAAAUAUCCAAAAAUGGGAAUCCGUUAUUUUUUCCUGUGUUUGCUUGGUAACAGUACGACAGUUCAACUGUUUGGUUGUUACAAUUAUCAACACAUUGCAUCUGGGAAAGAAAUACUCUACACUUUUUGAGAAAUACAGGAAUAUUUCUAUGUCUUAUAAAUCAUGAUUUCUGUGUUUUAUCGUUUAGCAAAUCUAAUAAUUAGUUCACUAGUAAUAUUUAUUGAGACUUGUAUUUCAAAACCUUUUAUGCUAAUUAGAUCGUUACGCCGCGAGACAGAAGUGUAAAUGGAGUUUGUCGUGUGGGAAGCCAUUUGACUGCACCCGCCACUUGGCGAAAAAACGUCACGUGCCUAUCUGUCAAUCGAAUCCAGAAGAAAACACAAAUUGUUUUACAUAAUUUUUAAUAGCGAUUUAAAGAAUUCUAUAAAAUUCGCUAUUUUCUUCUUUUUUGCAAUUUUGAUAAAUCCGCUAUAAUUUGAAAACUCUUUGUCGUUGUAGUUCAUCGAAUGAAGUAGUCAUUGCGGCAGCGUCGCUCGAUAGAGAAGAACUUCCUGCAGUCAAUUCACAAGGGGCGGAGAUAGUAACUGCAGGUAUGUCUCAUUUUGACUUGAAAAGUGCGCUCACGGAUAGAACUAGUUAUAGUAAGCUGCACUCUAUGGCGUACUAUAUGCCUGACGCUGGUCCAUAUGUUAGGAAAUGAUUUGAUAUCUGCAAGCUUUUAGCGUAGUUGAAAUAUGAAGGUAUUAUCGCUUUGAAAUUAUUGCGUUUUUGUAGGAGAUGUAUUGAUGGAGACGAAUGAGGCAGAUUGCUGGAAAAACGCGGACACGGCCAAAAUUGUGAAGGAUCGACCCUCUUUGAGUCGCCAACAUAAGUUUACUUUAUUGAAGAGUCAUUUUAGACUAGGUGAUAACUAUGUAUUCCCAAAGACCAAACAAAACAACAAGACGAGGUCGUUCCAGGCGUCUUGGCUAAAGACUUACCCUUGGCUGGUGUACGGCGAGUCUGAAGAUGGUGGAUAUUUUUAAGUGUUGUGUUUUGUUUGCGCACUUAGCGUCAAAUAUCACGACACGCGCUCUUGUGAAGUUACCAAUGAAGAACUGGAACAAAGCGACGGAUAUCCUCAAGGACCACCAAAAAAAGGAAUACCACAUAACUGCAUCAUUAAGA